GUUUCGGCUCAGGCAUAUGAAACGAGCAAGUGGACACAUGGGAAUAAACCUGGACGUCGAAGGUCACCCGGCGCCUCAGCUGCACAGCUACUUGUUGGCAGCCAGUUCCCCUUGACUCUAUUCGAGACUCCUCCUUGCCAGAGCUUUGGAAUUGAAUGAAAAUUGCGACUGCUGCGUGAGGGCCGAGUUCGCUUGCAUUGAAGCAUGUAGUGUCCGGCAAGCUCGCGUGUUCCAACUUUGGUUUGGCUCGAGCCCGCGGAGACACUGAACAUGCCGCCGGAGUUGUUCUCCCAGACGGGGCACGCGACAUGGCAAGUGGGCAUUGAACGCGAGCGGGCUGCCCGCCUACGGCUGCGCAGUGCCUGCAGGAGAUGCGUGGAGCUUUGCGUGAAUCUUCACAUUGCGUCGCCUUGCAGGCCUUUGCCGGUGCUGAGGGCUGAGGUCGAGCGAAUCGAGCAACGCGAGGAAUCCAAGGUAUCCCGGAGCACAGGUGCAGAUGAGAGGGUCAAACAGGUGAAUCCUUUAAGAAGAGCGCCGACCAUGUGGGCUGGGUUGUCAUUGGCGGAGCAUCCGCAGAUGACGGCACACGUGUUUGGUCCCAAGCUGCAUCCACAUGGAGGAGCAUCAAGUGCGUCGGGCAGCUUAUCCGGUUUGGAUCUGGAAACGUGUCAGAGGCUGACCUCCAGCCACUUCCGACUUGAACGGUCACGCUCCGGACCUGGCACUGGCACCCUGCCGAGUCACAUGCUGUGCUACCCCCAGACGGGGCAGUGGCUUCUGUGAGCCCGAGUUUUACUUGGCUCUUCGCCGAAUGGCGAGGUAGAUGGGCACCUAUGAAUUG